UUGGUUCUUAAGAUUAGUUUUGGAUCUUAGCUAAACCACUUUUCUUAAUUUUGGGUCUUAGCUAAGUCACAUUUCUUACUUAAGAACUCUUUAAGAUAUCCGUAUUAAUGGUGGUCUGAUGAGUUCCUUUUUGUGCUCUGUUUCUUCUAGUUGCAGGAUCGGUUAAAACAGACUAACGGUUGCUCCUCUCUUAUGAUGACACGUGUCAUAUGAUGAGUUCCUAUCAACGGUUUAAAUUUUUCGAUGAGGCUUUCAUUGACUUAAGAACCACGUAACCCAAGAAAUAUGGGCCAAGCCCAAUUGACUUUCAUUUGAUACGUGAGUGAAAUGAUAUAAAAACCAAAUUACAAAACAAUCACUUUCUCUCUUGCUCUCUCUCUGUUUCUUGACUCUCUUCUUCACCAGUCUCCAUUGAUCUUGAAACACCAUUGAUACAGUUAUGAAGUUCCUCGUCGAGAUUCUGAGUGGUUCAUUGUUCGAGAUUGAACUGGAUCGCAAAGAUACAUUGUUAGUGGUCAAACAGAAGAUCGAGAAGUCUCAACGUAUCCCAGUUUCGAAACAAACCCUUAUCGUCGACGGUAUUUUUAUUCUUCGAGAGGAUCUUAACCUCGACCAAUGCCAGAUCGUCCACGAUUCUCAAAUCCAGCUCGAAGUCUCUCCUGACGUGAACCAUAAUCACAACGGCAACGAUCAAAUGCCGGAAACAGAGCAAUCUCCAGCACCGUGGAUUUCAGUUGAAGAGUACUUUGAGAGGAAAGGUUGGCCUUUGACAGCCGAAGAGAUCAGAAAGAUUUACAGUUAUCGGCCUGAGACAAUGCUAGACAUCAGUAAGAUUCAAGAUUCGCAUGUGACGGUUGGGAGCAGCAACAAGAAUGAUCAUCAAGUGCUUCAUCAAACAGAGCAAUCUCCACCGUCAAACUCAGUCAAAGAGACCAUUAACAUUCAAGAUUCGUCUGUGAAGUUUGCGAAUAAGAACAACAACGAUAUAGUGCCUCCACAGUCAAACUCAGUCAAAAAUAUCACUAAGAGCAACAAAAGAGGCCGGAAGAAGAGGAAGAUGGUAGUAGGUGUGUCGCCAUAUUCUGGUAUGAAUGAAGUCCCGAAGAAUAUUCUGCUGACUGUGAUAUCUACGGAUGAGGUGAAAACACUGAGAGACGAGAUGGUUCAUAGGGAACGGAGAGGUGAUAUAGAACUGCCUCAAGAAGGGUAUUUCUUUACACACAAUAAUCAAGUAUUGAACGAAGAUCAGUCAUACGAGUGGAACGGUGUUAAACCCGUGGAUACAAUUGUGAUGGUUCCCACACAUGUUAUCCAAGAGACCUGUAAGAUUCAAGAUUCUUCUGUGACGGUUCAAGUGCCUCAAACGGAGCAACCUCCAGCGUCAAACUCAGUCAGAGAGACCGUUAACACUCAAGAUUCGUCUUUGAAGGUUGGGGGCAAGAAGAGCAACAAAAAUGAUCAAGUGCCUCAAACGAAGCAAUCUCCACAGUCAAAAUCAGACCAAGAGAUCACUAGGAUUCAGAUAUGUCUGUGAAGGUUGGGAGCAUGUUAGUACGUGUGUUACCGAUAAAUAUUCUAGUGAAAGUGAACGCUACGGAUGACGUGAAAAAACUGAGAGAGAUGUUGUUU